AUGGACUUGUCAAGUAUAACGGACAGUGAAGGAAACACAAUGAAGUUUAGGCAGUACCAAGGGAGGAAAUUUCACCCGAAUAUUGAAGAAAAUGUCUCGCAUCGAAUACAGAGUAUUUCAUCGUUGAAAACUCGCCCAGACGAUGUAAUGCUUUGUACCUAUCCGAAAUCAGGAACUCACUGGGUUUUUAAUAUCAUCCAUAUGCUACGCUCGCACAACCUUCAAUACGUCGGAUCACCAGAUGUUCUUGAAUAUAUAGACUUGGAUAAAAUGAAUCUGAAGGACUCUCCUAGAACAUACCACACGCACAUGACCUUCCCUCUCAUCCCCGAGGAAGCUAAGCAAGGGAAAAUCAAAGUUAUCCAUGUUUUAAGAAACCCGAAAGAUGUGCUGUGUUCAUUCUACAAUUAUCAAAACAGGAUGAAUAACAAGCUGUUCCAAGGCACUUUUGAUGGUUUCGUUAAUUUCUUCCUGUCUGACGAGUUUCCCCAUUGUGGAGGAACGUGGUUCACGUACAUGAAGGAAUGGACUGAAGCCAAGAUGGCGAACAAGCACCUUAAUAUCCUAACACUGUAUUAUGAAGAUCUGGUUCGGGAUUUGUUUUCCAAUGUCGUAAAUUUAGCCAAAUUCUUAGAAGUAGAACACGAUGUUGUUUUCCUGAGACAAGUAGUGGAGGCUGUUUCCUUUGAUAACCUAAAGUCAAAACAUGCUACAGACAGUGGUAUCAAGGACACGUGGAUGGACUGGAUCAAGGAUGGCAGAUUGCCAAUUUACCACAAAGGGAAGGUUGGUAGCUGGAAGGAGGCAUUCACAGUGGCACAAAAUGAAAAAUUUGAUGCUGUUUACAAGGAGAAAAUGUCUGCUAUGAACAUUGAUCCCGCUUUCAUAUUUAAAUGA